UGGGUGCCCGAGCAGGCAGGUUCCGUGCCCCGUCAUCGAGUUAACGGUGGUUUAGAUCGAAGUUCAUCUGAUGAGGCACAGUCCCUAUCUAUGAGAGCCAUGAGUGACCUCGGGCAUGCAGGCCUGGAGAGCAGACACCAAGUGGACCUGGACAAACUGAUAGAUGAGUUUUCUGAGAUUGAAAAGAAAGUGUUAGAAGUCAGUGGAAAGAAUAAUAUCCUGAAUAUUCAGCUGGACAAGUCAAACUCAUUGUUGAAAGUGACCCAAACAAGAGAGGAUUAUCUUAAAGAAGAAUGUGCUUCCUUCCAGAAGGUGAUAAAAGGCCUACAGCAAACUGUAGAAUAUCAGUGCAACUUGAAAGAUGAAAAUGAACGGCUAAAGAAAGGGGCCGAUGUUCUGAAAGACAAGUUGAGAGUUCAGGAGCAGGACUAUAAGAAGCAGUUGGACCAAUUUGUGGUUGAAAUGCAAAGCAAGGAGGAGGCACACAGAAUGGAACUGACGAAAAUUCAGUCCGACUUGCAAAAGAAAGCUGAAUUAAAAGAAGAAGAACAUAGAGAGCUGAUGGAAAAAAAGGAUAUGGAGGUUUUAGAAUUAACCAAACAGCUGAAAAGCCUCGAGGAGGAGAAACAGAAUGAAAUCACCAAAUUGCAGCUGGAGUUUAGUGCCAGACUAGCAAGAGCUCAGAAUAAAACAACAAAAUUGUUUCCUGAUUUCAGUGUAUUCCCUCAAAAUAUCUAUAGACGGAAGCUUCAACACCUGCAGGAAGAAAAGAACAAGGAAAUCGAAAUUCUCAAUAACACCGUCCGAGAGCUGGAGCAGCGUCUCAAGGUUUACCAGGAGCCCCGGCACAAGUUCAGACGAUUGUGAAUAUAAUCGUAAACACGUAUUUCUGUCCAAAGUGUCUAAUGUGCUUUGAACUCUCCCGUUCUGCAAAGAUAUGACAACUUUAGAUUCAUUUUUUUAUUGAGUUCAUCUAAAAUUCCAAAUGUGCCCCAUCUAUUGUAUAUCUCUGCUCACCUCCGGGGCUUAUUAGCAUUAACCAUAAAAAAGAGCUCAGGUUCACAGGAGUGGAUUUCCCUACUGAACCGUCAUUAACUAUGGCAAAUACUUUCUAAGCCAUUCGCAAAUAUACAGCGCAAAUUCCUCUCCCCUCAACACAUUUUCAAAUAGACAAUCUCAAAUGCUUUUCUUGAAAAUAAAACUAAGUAAAACUGGUCAAACGUUUCGUUAGUGUGAAAUAUUCUAAAAUUAACGUAGGAAUCUGAAACUAUAAAAACGUCCAAGUACAGAAAAACUAUUAAUUUUAAAGCAAUACAGAUGAUGUCUUCAGGAUGGCGCGUUCUCCUGGGGCAAAAGCCUCAGUCAGUUCCCUGUCUCUGCAUCUCACGCUACGACGAGGUGUAGCCGUUCUCCGUGAUUUUUGGAUCAGUUUAAGAAAAGAAACGAUUUAAAAAACUACCAGCUAGCUUCCUCAGAGGAGAUAAGUAAUAAUAAAAAAAAAAAG